AUGAAGGAAGAGGGGAGACUUGGUUCAUCGUCUAAGUCUUCUUCUUCGUCUUCUCUUCCUGUGAGCUACGGAGUUGACUAUGAAAAAUACGACUUCUCCUCUUCUGUUUCUUCACUAUCUCACCCGUUUUCUCCGGAAGGCUCAAGCAACAAGAGUUGUGUUCUUGAAGAAAAUCUUUCUUCUGUUUUCUCGUUGGACCAUAACAGCAGUCUCCUCAUCGUGUCUAGAGAGAGACCAUCUUUAAGUGGAUUCUGCAGAGGUGUUGUGGCUGUUUCUGUUAGCCUUUCUUUUGCCUCUUUUAGCUCUGGCUCAAUGUACAUACCGCUAUUGUAG